GUACAGCUUGGUGAAAACCAGAUUUUCAGUCAGAGCCGCCUCCAUGCGUUCUCACUGGUGAAGCGGAUCAUCCUCCAUCCCAGUUAUGACAAUGUCACUCACCAGGCCGAUAUCGCCCUUGUGGAGCUGAAGAAUCCAAUUGCAUUCACGGCCGCCAUCAGCCCCAUGGGUCUCCUUGACACCUCCAUCCAUGUGCCUGCUGGGGACGCCAGCUGGGUGACUGGCUGGGGGAACAUUUCCUCACAAAUGAAUUCUUCCCUAGCGGAGAUGCUGCAGGAGCUGGAGGUGCUCACCGUAGACACCGCGAUCUGCAAUGAUCACAUCUGGGAAGCAUUACAAAAGCCUGAGGGCGACAACCCCAUCAAAGAGGACAUGAUGUGUGCCGGGCCCAAAGAAGGCUAUAAAGGUUUUACUUGGGGUGAUGGUGGAGGACUCCUGGUGUGUAAGAAGGAUGGGACCUGGUACCUUGCUGGAUUGCGAGCUGGUUCCUGACAAUGACAGUGAAUGGGGUAACCACAGUUGUCCCUGGUUAUCCUGGGGUCUACAACCGUCUGAAUUCCCACAACGAUUGGAUCAAGGCGAACGUGCCUGGUGUGACUUUCACUUCAGACAGUGCUACUCCAACUGGGGAUGGUCCCUCUGCCACCAUCCUCAGGGUCUUUCUCCUCACUGUGUUUCUGUGACUGCCCCUGUGACUCCCCCUUCGUAGAUUGGGUCCCCAUCCCACACUAGCCCUUCCUCGCCCUUGGUGCAGAGAGACCAUGUCACCUGUGACACUAGACUCCAGUAAUCACACCCUAUACACUAUUGUAACA